GGUCUGCUGCAUAUGGUCGAGCGUGCAUAUGAGCAGUUGUUGCUGCUGCUGAAUCCACAUACACAUUCUCUCACACACGCAAACUCACCUAAGGCACAGAGACAUGCGCAAAGACCUCACACCCUUCCCUCUACAUCACACACACACUUUCAGAUGAGGCUGAAAGCAGCAAUAGGAGGCUGCACGCUGAAGUUGUAGCCAGGCUGAAUUUUAUUUUUGUAACUGUGCCCCCCUUCGAUGGGGACUUCCGCAAGGCCUCGAGUCCCAGGAUUUAGACCCCAACUCCUUCAAUAUCCAUCAGUAUCGCCAAACAACAACAACAAUACAACAUGGCAAGGCAUCACUGAGUGGCUGAGUGAGGAGACCAAGCAAUGGCUAUCGGACAGCACUUUUUGUACUGAUGAAAGGCUUCAAGCUUAGCUGUACUGCCACUAACUCACACCGGAGCACCCCCGCUUGCUCGCCUGUCCUGCGAAAGCGCUCCCGCUCUUCCACGCCACAGCUAAGCCCUGAAGCUGACAGCACCAUGGUGGAGAAGGGUUCCUCAGACCAGGCCUCCGACCGCUCCCCCACCACCCCUGAACAGCAGCAGACCACCCAGCACCAACGCACCUACUCCCAGUCCCUCCAUCCCACCAACACCAGCACCCGCAGCGGUGGCAAGAACUCCAAGUCUCACAAGCGGCAUACUAAAUAUGACAAGCUAAACCUGAUUAAAAAAAGUCAGAGCUGGUACAAUGUACUGAGUCCCACCUACAAGCAGCGCAAUGAAGACUUCAGGAAGCUUUUUAAGCAGCUGCCAGACACUGAACGCCUCAUCGUGGACUAUUCCUGUGCCCUGCAGCGGGACAUCCUCCUGCAGGGACGCCUCUACCUCUCAGAGAACUGGAUUUGUUUCUAUAGCAACAUCUUCCGAUGGGAAACACUGCUGAUAGUUCGAUUGAAGGACAUCUGCUCUAUGACAAAGGAGAAGACGGCCCGCCUCAUCCCUAAUGCUAUCCAACUGUGCACUGACAAUGAAAAGCACUUUUUCACCUCAUUCGGGGCGAGGGACCGGACGUACAUGAUGAUGUUCAGACUGUGGCAAAAUGCUCUCCUGGAAAAGCCUUUAUGUCCAAAGGAGCUGUGGCACUUUGUCCAUCAGUGUUAUGGUAAUGAACUCGGCCUGACCAGUGAUGACGAGGACUACGUCCCCCCUGAUGAGGACUUUAACACCAUGGGCUGCUGUCCGUCUCCGUGGUGCAGGUACUGUGAAGAGCUGCCAGUGGAGGACAACAACGAGCACAACAACGACACCAGCAACACUCUCGCCAAGAACACCGAGGCCAAGCCCAAUGUCAGCCCCCUCCUGCCCCACAAAGCCUUCCCCAGCAGCGCUCCACCUGAGCUGCCCAGCACCGAGUCUCCCGUCCCUCAGUAUGAACCUUCCCCAGUGGACGAUGUGUCCAGCCCUCUCCCAGAAGCUGACCUCCUGACCCUUCCCAUGCCUGAGAACCGCAGCAGCCAACUCAGCACCCACGCCCCCUCACCUUCCCUGGACCUCAAUGAAAAUGAGGACCUGCCCACCGAGCUCAGCGACUCAUCUGAGACACAUGAUGAAGGUGAGGUGCAGGCUUUCCAUGAGGACCUGUGCGGCAAACAAUACAUCAACGGGGUGUACAGAUUCGGUGUGGAUAAGAUGUAUGACUUGCUUUUCUCUGAGUCGGAGUUCAUGAGGGAGUUUCUGGAGCAGAGGAGGUUCUCAGAUGUGGUAUAUCGGCCUUGGAGAAAAGAGCAGGAUGGAAACCAAACCAGAGAGAUCAUGUACACCAUCGCUCUGAAUAAUCCCCUGGCACCUAAAACAGCCACAGUCACUGAGACGCAGACUCUGUACAAAGCGAGUCAAGAGAACGAGUGCUACAUCAUCGAUGCGGAGGUGAUCGCCCAUGACGUUCCUUACCACGACUACUUCUACACCCUCAACCGCUACGUUCUCACAAGAGUGGCCAAGAACAAGUGUCGUCUAAGGGUGUCAACGGAGCUUCGUUACAGGAAGCAGCCAUGGGGGCUUGUGAAGGGCUUCAUUGAGAGAAACUUCUGGAGUGGCCUGGAUGAGUACUUCAGACACUUGGAGCUGGAGCUCAGUAAGCUGGACGUCAUGGUGAUGGAUUCCCACAGACAGUCACCGAAGACCAAAGCACUGAAGACGGGCUCGGGUCGAAGAAGGAAACGGACACUUGUCCAUCACCUUAGACCCCCGGAUGAGGUUGUGAGUCCCGGUACAACCCCUGAGGACGAGGAGGAAGGCAUCCACCGCAUCAAACAUGUGGCAGGUUCCACACAGACCAGACACAUCCCCGACACUUCGGGAGGCCUAGCGCUUUACAGCUUCUCCAGACUGCUGCUUCUCAUAAGCCUUGUGAUCUGUAUAAGCCUGGUAUUGCUGGUAUUUCUCAAUGUGAUGUUGUUCUAUAAGUUAUGGAUGCUGGAGUACACCACACAGAGUCUCACUGCAGCGCAUGGAUUGAGACCACCAGAAAGCAAAAUUCCUCAGACUCAGCUGGAAUGGGUGCAGCUCUUAGACUCCCAGCAGCGUUACCAUGACGACGAGCUAGAAAAGUGGAAGGAGAUAAUCAAAUCAUCAGUUUUGCUGCUUGAUGAGCUAAGGGACUCUCUGGUACACCUCCAUAAAAGCAUCGGCCUCAGGGACUACACCUCUGAGUCAGAGAAUAAAAAACAACAGUAUCACUGAUCGAUAAUCUCAAGGCAUAAGGAUUUUAUGUGCAAUAUUCAACCUACCUUUCCUGAGCCUGUGGACAUAGCGGGGCCUUUUUAAGAGGCCAUCACAUGGAAGAAGAGAAGAGAUUUGAAGAAAACCAACCCCUGACUGAAGUGACCUCAGGCACUUUGAAGAGUGCAUCCUGAAAUCAGAGGCAGGGCUCAUCUGUAGCUUAAGUGCAGUCUUAUCCAUCCACCUGCCCCGGCUCCACAUUCCUCCGUUUGCAAUGAUGCAUUGCAAAGUUUUGUUUAUUUUUUUUUUUUUUUUUUUUUUGCCACAUUCAGAAGGUAU